GUCCCUCCUGAGCUCUUGGUCGCCUUGCCUGGGGAGUGGGCGAAGGCUGCAGCAGCCCCCGGCGCUCCCAGGGCCACCGGCUGCUGGUUAUACAGUAACCUGUUGCUCCGGGUUCCAGCUCCACCUCUCGCUGCCUCCACAUCCCUCCCCUCCUCUCUUCCUCUGCUAAGGAACCUCUGUCACCUGCUCUCAGACAUCCGCGGCGAGCGGCACCGGGAGGAAAGGGCAGCGGGGAGCCACGGCAAGGGGACCCCCAGGCCGGGGUGCCGGGUGGGCUCUGCUUCCCACUCUCCUUCAGCCUUCGGGGCAUCGGGCUCACAGCCUGUGCAGGCAGGACACGGACCUUGACUGCUGGAGAAUGGCAGCAGGAUUUAACUAGGAAGACACGGAAAACUGGGAGAGAACUCACGGGAGCUGAGCGAACUGCGGGAAAAGAGAGCGGCUUUUCAGCACCGUUGCCUGGCCUGUGAAGCAACAUGAGUCACAAGGGAUCCCUCAACAGCAACCCCGGCUCAUCAAAUGGCAGCAUGGGCAAAGCUGAGGGAGCCUCCAAGCUGAGUGCAAAGGACUUGUAUGAACAAAGAAAAAAAUACUCCAACUCCAACAUCAUUAUGCACGAGACUUCCCAGUACCACGUCCAGCACUUGGCCACCUUCAUCAUGGACAAGAGCGAGUCCAUCACGACAGUGGAUGACGCAAUCCGGAAACUCAUCCUGCUCAACUCCAAAGAGAAGAUCUGGACACAGGAGAUGCUGCUGCAAGUGAACGACAAGUCCAUCCGGCUGCUGGACUGUGAGACACAGGAGGAGCUGGAGGACUUUCCCCUGCCAACAGUGCAGCACUGCCAGACAGUGCUCAAUCAGAUGCGCUAUUCCUCCAUCCUCCUGCUCGUGUGUCAGGAUUCUGAGCAGCACAAACCUGACAUCCACUUCUUCAACUGUGAUGAGGUGGAGGCGGAGAUGGUUCAUGAGGACAUAGAAAGUGCCCUGGCAGACCACAAGCACGGGAAGAAGAUACGGCCACAGACACUCAAGGCAAACCAGGAAAAGAUCAAGCAGAGACAAUCCAUCCUUCCCCCACCUCAAGGACCGGCUCCCAUCCCAAUCCAGCAUGACAUGCGAGGCUCAGCAAUGAACAGGAACAGGGUGGCACCUCCUUCCCAGCAUGAUCCAGACUAUGAACGGCGAAGCUCUGGCUCUCAUGACCAUGAAGAAUCCCGUGCCAUGUUAGCACAGAAGAUUGAAAAGGAAACGCAAAUCCUGAACUGCACCCUGGAUGACAUUGAAGUGUUUGUCGCCCGGCUCCAGAAGGCUGCAGAGGCAUUCCGACAGCUCAACCAAAGGAAGAAAGGGAAGAAGAACAAGAAGAAAGGGCCAGCAGAGGGAAUGCUGACCCUCCGAGCAAGACCCCCGAGUGAGGCUGAGUUCAUCGACUGCUUCCAGAAAACCAAAUUGGCUUUUAACCUCUUGGCCAAACUGAGGAAGCACAUCCAGAACCCCAGCGCUUCGGAGCUGGUGCAUUUCCUAUUUGGGCCACUGGAACUGAUCAUCAAUAGCUGUGGUGGCCCCGAGCUGGCCCGGUCUGUCCUCAGCCCACUGCUUUCUAAAGAUGCCACCGAUUUCCUGAGAGGACACCUGACACCCAAAGAGAUAAACCUCUGGGAUUCCCUGGGGGAGACAUGGACCAGAUCCAGAGCUGAGUGGCCCCGAGACGCGAACAUCCCUACCUACAUCCCCAAAUUCCGCAAUGGCUGGGAACCACCCACAGAAAUCUUCCGUGGAGCUCCCUGGGAGAUAGACAUCGGACACUUGCAAGAGGAGCUCUCCUCAGCCAAUGGAUAUCCUUACCGGAACUCCUCACUCAAGCGUGGCCAGACGGCUGAGCAGACACAGCCUGGGGAUGCCUUCAAACAGAACGCCACUCCACAUGGAAAUAGGAAUUUCGAGGCCCAGGGAGUGGCUGUGCCCAGGAGAUUUGCCAAAAUCCGCUACGAUUUCACUGCACGAAACGCCAACGAGCUCUCGGUGCUGAAGGAUGAAAUCCUGGAGGUGUUGGAAGAUAAUAAGCAAUGGUGGAAGUUGCUCAACCGGAGUGGGCAGGCCGGUUAUGUUCCAUACAAUAUCCUGGAUGUGGUGACACUGGAAGAGCUUGAACAGCAGUCUAACCAGAGGUACAAAGGAGACCUGAGCCCCAGGGGCUAUGGCCCAUCCAGUCCAACUCACAAGCUGCCUGCCAGCUACGCAGGGGAUAAGUGGGGCAGUGAGAUGUUAUCACGCAACUCUACACAGGACGCCAAAGAACAACUUAUUCACCAAAUGGAUGAGCUGAACGACGAGCUGCUAAAGAAGAUCACAAACAAUAAAAUUCAGCCUCCCCACAGGAAUUUCAAAGUGGAAAAGCCUCAGCAAGUUUUUGUGCCCCUCACCUUUGAAUCCAGCACUGAAGAAGUCAAAGCCUGGCUGGAGGCCAAGUCAUUCAGCAAAGAGACCGUGGAACACCUGGGCAUCCUCACCGGAGCUCAGCUCUUCUCCCUCAACAGAGAGGAGCUGAAGAAGGUGUGUGGUGAUGAGGGAAACAGAGUGUACAGCAAGAUCACAGUGGAGAAAAACCAGCUGGAGAAAAGCAGAGGGGAGUCAGAGCUCCAAGAAAUCAUGAAGCGCCGCCAGGAAAGGAUUGAUUCUGCUAAUUAAAGUCUCUCUGUUUAUUUCAGCUCUUAGCCCUAAGUAGUGCAGAAAAAAAGGGAAUGAAAGCAAUGAUUCCCGGCCCAGGCCGGAGGCAGCAGAGCCCCCCUUGGGGUCCAGCUGCCAUCAGAGUGACAACUCCUUGAACACUGUUGGGAAGGGUUGACAGUAAGACCACAUCCCACUGGGAAAGGUGUUUUAAUUUUGCAUGAAGUAUUUUUUUUAUAACUAUAUAUUUUAUACUGAAAUUUUCCGUGCAUGCGAUCAGAGCAGGAUUCCCACGGGGCUGGAUGUACGACCAGGGCCGGAUUCAAACAAAGACCCCAGAGCUUUUCUCCGAGGGCUGUCCCUGCUCCCACCCCUCACUGGCAGAGCAGGCCUGGCACACAGCUCAGGAGGGGACAAGGCUUUGGAACCCUGCAGUGGUUUGGGUUUAAGGAAAGGACAUUAAAGCUCAUCCUGUUCCUCCCCUAUCAUGGGCAGGGACGCCUUUCCCAAGGCCAAGUUGUUCAAAUCCUGUCCAGCCUGGCCUUGGACGCUUCCAGGGAUGGGGAGUAACAACCCCUCUGGGCAACCUAAGGCAGCCCCAUUUCCAUUUCCUCCUCAGUGCAGGUGUCCCCUGCAGCCCAUGAGCCCAGCCCGGUGACAGCUCCCUGUCCCCCUCCUGUCCCCCUGUGCCCCCUCACUGGACAAGGCUGGAAUGGCAACACACAUUCCCAAAGUCUGGCUGCCUCCUUAAAUCCACAGAGCAGUUAGUGCUGUCUCUGAACAGCUGAGAUGAGCUCUCAGUGCCUAGAAAGGAGCAGGAGUGACAAACAAAGGGAUCUGAAGGUGCACAUAGGUGAGCUCCACCUGCCCACUGCUGCUGAUGCACAGCCCCGGGCUCAGGGCAGCUGUGCAGCCCUUCCCUGGGCCACUGAUCCAGCACUGGAAUGUUGUGGGGUUGCCAAACCUGCCCUCAAACCAGGAGAAGAUAAGCCCUGACCAUUCGCUCCUGUCCCAGGCACACCCACAGCUCUUCCCAGGGUGUUGGUCACUCGUCCCCACCUUCACGUUUUCACUGUAAAAAGCUGAAAUUAUUCCCAAAUAGCUGAAACCCCAAAGCACACUGGGAAAGGCAGGUUUAACUCCAAAUAAGUGGGCACAAAGAAAAAAAAAAUCUAAUUUAGCACAGGGUGUUGCUCUUGACUUCCUGUUUUCCUUCAUAAAGUUAUGUGCAUUUAUAUAUAACAAUCUGUAAAUAGGGGGUGAGGAAAAUCUCUCUCCCUAGAGGCAGAAUUAGUGAUUAUGCUUCCAAAAAUUUACUCACAAUUUCUUAACUCAAGCAAGCAGCAUAGUUCCUGUCCACAGCAAGUGUGGCACAUUGCACUUCUAUCUCUGUUUAACUGACAGACCAACCUGAUUGCAAAGCACUGAAGCAAACACAGCUCCAGAGCUGCCCACAGCCCAGGCACAGUUGGCUUUUCUCUCUCAGCACUGCUGAGUCUUUGCCCAAAUUUGUGUCUGUCCUUACACAUUCAAUGGAAAAAGCUUUAACACAGUGUUGGGGAACUCGUGUCUCCAUCUGAGAGCACCAGUGCACCUCAGUUUUGGCUUUAUUCCUGACUGUCUCCAAUGGAUAAUCUGUUUUCUUCAUUUGAAAGAGGGCACUGCUGGCACCAGCAGAAUUAGGGUGCAGGCAGGGGGGGAUCCUGGGUUUAGUCACAGCCCUGCUGGGAUCUGAGAAGGGCACUCACCUUGUCAGGGAGGGAUGAAGAGGACAAUCCUCCUGAGAAGCCCUGGCUCUGGAUUAGGGUGGAGAAGGGAAGCAGGAUGGCAAGCACAGGAGGUGGAAAAGUUUCUGAAAUGAAAAUAAAAACAAAUGUUGAGAUAGGAAACACACCCCCUUCUAGUCCUGGGGUGUAGAGGAAAGCAAAUCACAGGGAAUUACAGUUAUCUGGGAUUUUAACAGGAGUGGACAGGACAGCUCUGUAAUGCUGGGAGCCACAGGAGCACUUCCCAAAACAAGUAUCUCAGCAGACCUUAUUGCAGAGGUCACUUUUACAAAUUUCCAUGUGACUGAGCUGUGCAUCUGUUCUGUUUGUACUGCCUGCAGACACUGCUAUAAAGUACUGUACAUUGAUGUAACUGAGCGAAGGAGACAAUGAUAUAACCAUGCACUGUACAAGAGUUAUUAAAAUAGUUAAGUUAUACUUAUAAA